AUGGGCAUCAAGCGUUUCUUUGCCUUGCACCCUCGUACAUUGAACACUGUCAUCACCUGCGUUCUUCUUGCAGCCUCCGUUGCCUGCUAUCCGUUGUUUUUGAUUUUGUUCCUUCGACCAGGAUGGUACAAUAUUCAAUCUUUGCUCACUCCAAAUACUGGGAAUAUCAAGCCAACGGUCGUGGUCGGUCUCUUAACGGCUUUGUUCUCUGGCGUUACCGCCGCACUCGCAACACGGGCUGUUGAACACUCACUAUGGCGCUGUUUGCGGCCAGAGGAGUCUAAUUCGAGAAAAUUGACAGUUGAAGAGGCUAGAAACAUGGCAAGCUGGUCAACUUCAGGAACUGGUAGACUAUGGUACACGAUUUCUGGCAGCUCAUGGCCACUGAAAUUCGCAAGUCUCCUAUUGUUGUUCCUCUCAAUACUUAAUCCAGUUAUCGUUUCGGGCAUCUCGCAGCGGCAAUCAUCAAAUCAAACACUCAAGUUCCAAGCUGCAUCCGGUCAACGCUUCAAGGGCUACCUCGACUCAGCGAACAAUGCUUAUAACGGCGGUAACUUUCGAGAUAUCCCAGGCACAGCCGCAGCGAUUGUCUCAAUGAGCAAUCUUACAGCGCCGUCUUCCUCUAUUUGCGAAUCUGCUUCUUGCUACGUCGAAGCUCUUGCACCCUCAAUUCAAGCAACUUGUACCUCAAGAACGCUCGCGAAUCCAAACGACUAUGGUGCGAUAGGACAAGGUGUCACUUCAUCACAACUCUGCUCGACACUCGACCCAAAGCUUUGCGUGACAUUGGUCAAAAGCAAUCCCGCAACCUUCGCCAACUUCAGCGGCGGAUUCUCGCCUGCAUGUUCCAGUGCUUCCAACAUUUGCGCCGGUGUGUUUUCAAUAAUCUUCGGCGCCUGGGUUAUGAGGCCAGGGGACGUUGUUCCUCACGAUAUAAACACUGUCGAAUGUACCUUGUCGUAUGGAAAUGUUACCAUCAUCCAGAACGGACAGGCUUCGCCUAGGUUGCUCAGGAAUAGCUUCAUCCAGAGCAGAUACGACACGAGCCAGUAUCCGGAACUCGUGCCGUUGAAACGCAUUUACACGGACAGUGCGUCCAACUCACCCUACACUUUCUCCGGGGUCAAGGCAGGCACAGGAGCGAACACGUUGUAUGCCUCUUCUGUUGGCACCCUGCUGCUUGAUCCAGCGAUGAACAUCCCCGCGAAUAUUGUCGCAGCGAGAAUCCAGAGCGCGUUCGAGACGAGUACUUUGAUGGCGUUUAGUCGGAGUCCGACCUCGUCUGACUUACAUUUUACAUACUCGCAAGACUAUUCCUACUAUGUGUACGACGCGAAAGUUCUCCUUAUUCUCAUCGCGCCGUUGCUGGGCACGAUCUUGGCACUUUGGGGUAGAUUGUGGGUUGGUGGGAGGGAGGUUGUAGGGUAUGAUGUUGUCGGGAUUGCGCGGAUGGGCCCGGUGCAGGGUGUUGAGGGGAAGUCUGAGUUGGGAUGGGAUUUCGAGAGAGAGGAGGAGAUUGCUAGGAUGAAUAUAAGAUGCGUUGCAAAUGGUGAGGGGAAGAGGCUUUUUGCUUCGAGUGCGACAUAG